GAUCUAUUUUAUAAUCCUUCAAGUUUCAAUUGUGAAUUCAGUCGUUGGCUAACAGCCAUAACUAUAGCAUCGAAGUAUCCACAACCCCACAACUAUCCACCAACUAGUUGAUAGCCUUGGUUUUAUACAUUAAUAUGUGGUGAAUUACGGAAGUAGGUGCGACAGAUUUGUCUGGGAAUUGUACAGUGCUGCAGGAGAAUGGUUUUGCAUAGAUAGUUGUGAAGCAAACACUCAAAAUAUGUGGUCAGGUGCUAUAGAGUACUUCAAGGACCCCAAGCAGGUUGCUCGGAUCCAAGAAUUUUUUGGAGUAAAAAUACAUCAUGGAAGUGCAGACCCGAAAGCAAAACAGUUGUAUGAUAGCCAAAAUGGAAAUUCAAUAGAUUUGGUUCACGCUAGGGCAAAAUCGGGUCAGAGCAAAAGAACAUUGGGUGAAACUAAUGGCCAUACUGUAAUCAAAAGAAAACUCAACAGUAAUCAUGUGAGAUGUAACUUGAAUGGAGAGAAGAAUGAAUAUGCAUCCAGCGAGGAAGAAGCAGCAGUAGCAACUGCUUCAAAUUUUACAAUAACCAAUUACUUUUGGUAUUAUUUAUUCUUAUUUGGUACAGAACUUGGUGAUGAAAUAUUUUAUUCCACGUUUAUACCAUUCUGGUUUUGGAAUAUCGAUGGUGCUGUUGGACGAAGAAUUGUUCUAGUUUGGGCCGUCAUUAUGACGAUUGGACAAUGUUUAAAGGAUAUAUUACGUUGGCCGAGACCUGCCUGCCCACCUGCAGCUAGAUUACAAGUCAAAUGGUCUCAGGAAUAUGGAAUGCCAUCCACUCACGCAAUGAUUGCAGUUUCCAUCCCAUUUAGUAUCGUAUUAUUCACUAUGAACCGAUACAUUUAUUCUUUUACCAUUGGAUGUACAGUUGCUGUUCUUUGGUGCACAUUGGUAUGUGUGAGCAGACUCUACUUGGGAAUGCAUACAGUGCUUGAUAUUAUAGCUGGACUGGCUUUAGCCAUGUUUCUAAUGAUUCCACUAGUUCCAUUAGUCGAUAUUACUGAUUAUUACUUCCUGACCAAGGAUUGGGCUUUGGCUAUUCUAGUCGCUGCCAGCAUUGCCACUGUUGUAUAUUAUCCUUCUAGUGACAGAUGGACACCAACAAGAGGAGAUACAGCAAUGGUUGUGUCGGUUACAACCGGAGUCCAUGUUGGCGCGUGGCUGAAUUACAGAACUGGGGUGAUGUCCACACCUCUCCUUCCACCUCCGUACAACAUUAUUUGGCCUUCGUAUCCAAUGCUCGGAAGUGCAGUAUUGAGAACAAUUUUGGGAUUUUGUUGUAUAAUUGCUACCAAAGCUUUUUUCAAAUUCUUCAGUUAUGCGACAAUGUCCGCAAUCUUGAAAGUCAACUCUAAAGAACUGAUGAGAAGUCAAAACUGUUUGGAAAAUCGAAAUAAGGUUCUAGUUGAGCUGGUUUAUAAGUAUAUAACGUGUUUCAUGAUUGGUUUGAACGCGGUAUACUUAUUACCAAACGUUUUUAGUAUGAUUGGAAUUGAGAGACCGACGUUUUACACAGAAUUAUAAUUGUUAAAGUCGUAACGAAUUAUACUUUACGUCAUCCGCUCUGAUCAAGUGCUACAAAGGACCCUAGUGGAAGGAAAAUAUAUAUUGUGGUAAUAACAUUCUGACAAUGAAAAUUAUGUAUUUUUUUUAGCAAUGAAGGUACGUACCGAUAACUAAAAGAUUGAUGAUCUCAUUUAAAUAUCUCGAGUUCACACUUACAAUUCAUGUAACCUGAAUUAGGGUAAAUCAAACUUCAUCUAGUUACGUAACACAUUCAUUGUCACGAUGAUUAUUGACUGAAUUUACACCCAUAAUCAUUUGUCAAACUACAAUAUUAUCACAAGGAGUCAUUACCAAUUUAAUACUGCUACAACCACUGCCUAGUGCAAAUAUUCCACACAUGGUAUUGCAUCGAAUAUUCUUCCUCCGAUGUUUGGAUAUAAUCCCUUAAUUUGCAUUUUAAUAAAUACAAUGAAUGUGCCGAAUAAUGGAAGCAAAAUCAGAUUGUCCCGUAACUUGUUGGAAAUUCUUUUGGUUUCCUUUUGAACGAUUUACUUUGUAGUAGAAAUUUUUUCUUAAUCAAUCAAUGGCAGUAAUCACCUACUUGCAGUUUUGAUUCAUUAAAGCUCAACAUCUAUUCAAUCACUUCACGUGUAAAACUAUUUUAUAAUCAAAAAUUUUUCAAAGUAUGUUGUAAGGAAAUAUAGUCUUAUUUUUAUUAAUAUUUUAGGCAGAUUCUGUUGUACUAAACAUAAUGAUGUAAAAAGUUAAUACCUCUUGUAAAAUAUAAUAUAAAUAACACCAUUCUGUAUAU